AUGUUGGUAUUGAUCGCCAAAAGCAGCCACUCAGAUCCACUUGGAUUGGUACCUGACAGUGGGAAAGCAGAUAUGGAAGCAUGUUCAUACCGGCGUCGCAACCAAUAUUAUAUAGGAUUGCUAUUCGAGCUCCGGUUGGUUGAGCCGUGCACCGAAUGUGAAGACAAUUCAAGAGCGAACGACGAGCCACGUAUCGGAGGUGGUAGCAACGCGAAGAUCGAGAAAGCGACGCAAUAA